AUGUCAUUUUUGCCAAAUCAUGCUUUAAGUAAUUGGCAAUCGCAUGCAUUUGAUUUAGUAAUGGCUAUGUCAUUAGACAAUGCUCGUGAACGAACACACAAUGAACAUGAGCAAUUACUAAAUAAAUCUCGAUUUAAACUGAUACAAAUAUAUCCAAUUCAAUCACCAGAUUCUAUCAUUGAAGCUGUUAUUGUUCACUAA